UUGUCAAGGUUUUGGUUGUGGAGUAUCCGAAAGGGGAGCAAGGGCGGCUACGGUUGUACAAUGCCGAAUAAAACGAAAAAGGACAAGGAGUCCCCUAAGUCAGGCAAAGUGGGCAAGAGUGGAGGACAGGAGAAUUCAGAGCAUGAGCAGAGCUCGAACAGGAAGGCCAGCAACAGUGCUCCUCCCACCACUCAGCUGCUGAAGGGGAAGCAGCCAGGUUCGCAGACACCUGUCAAAAAGGACAAGAGGCAGAGCUCCUCUCGUUUCAGCUUGAGCAACAACAGGGAGCUGCAGAAGCUGCCUGCUUUUAAAGAUGUUCCCCCCGCAGAGCAGGAGAAGCUGUUCAUCCAGAAGUUGCGGCAGUGCUGCGUCCUCUUCGAUUUUGUCUCGGACCCACUGAGUGACCUGAAAUGGAAGGAGGUGAAACGGGCGGCGCUAAGCGAGAUGGUGGAGUACAUCACCCACAACAGGAACGUAAUCACCGAACCCAUCUACCCAGAGGUGGUUCAUGUGUUUUCUGUGAAUAUGUUCAGGACACUGCCGCCAUCAUCUAACCCCACGGGUGCUGAGUUUGACCCAGAAGAAGAUGAGCCCACGCUAGAGGCUGCAUGGCCACAUCUACAGCUCGUCUAUGAAUUCUUCCUACGGUUCUUAGAGUCACCUGACUUUCAACCAAACAUAGCCAAAAAGUAUAUUGACCAGAAGUUUGUAAUGCAGCUGUUAGACCUGUUCGACAGUGAAGACCCCAGGGAAAGAGAUUUUUUAAAGACCACUCUUCAUCGCAUCUAUGGCAAGUUCCUGGGCCUGCGAGCGUACAUUAGGAAACAGAUUAAUAACAUAUUUUAUAGGUUCAUUUAUGAGACUGAACAUCAUAAUGGAAUAGCAGAAUUACUGGAAAUAUUAGGCAGCAUAAUCAAUGGGUUUGCGUUACCAUUGAAAGAAGAGCACAAGAUAUUCCUGCUGAAAGUUCUGCUGCCUUUACACAAAGUCAAGUCUCUUAGUGUUUACCACCCACAGCUGGCCUACUGUGUGGUACAGUUCUUAGAGAAGGAUAGCACCCUCACAGAGCCGACGGUAAUGGCUUUGUUAAAGUAUUGGCCAAAGACCCACAGUCCGAAAGAGGUGAUGUUCCUCAACGAGCUGGAGGAGAUCCUGGACGUCAUCGAGCCCUCGGAGUUCGUCAAAGUCAUGGAGCCCCUCUUCAGACAGCUGGCCAAGUGUGUGUCCAGCCCGCACUUUCAGGUGGCAGAACGAGCUCUGUACUACUGGAACAAUGAGUACAUCAUGAGCCUGAUCAGUGACAACGCCGCCAAGAUCCUGCCCAUCAUGUUCCCAUCCCUCUACCGCAACUCCAAGACUCACUGGAACAAAACGAUCCACGGGUUGAUCUACAACGCUCUGAAACUCUUCAUGGAGAUGAACCAGAAGCUGUUUGAUGACUGCACCCAACAGUUCAGGGCAGAGAAAAGCAAAGAGAAAGCCAAGUGGAAAGAGAGAGAAGAAGCCUGGCUGAAGAUCGAGAAUCUCGCGAAGUCAAACCCACAGUUUCUGAUAUACAUCGACUCCAUAGACUCAGGCUCUCCGAUGGACAUGGAGACAGACGGGCCGCUGCUAGACGACGUCAGCAUGCUAAAGAAAACAGUAGAGGAGGAAGCCACACAGAUCCAAAAAGAUCAGCGUCGAGAGCGUCCACUGAUGAGGAGGAAAUCAGAACUCCCCAAGGACAUCUGCACUGUCACAGCUCUGGAGUUGCACCGGAGAGCCGAGGAAAUGUUGACGACGCACGACGGCCACUAAGAGACCACCCCAGAUCCACCAUGAAACCAGCAGCAGCAGCAUCCACAGAGGAACCACAGGCCCACGGCGGCCAGCACAACAACAGAGCUCUGGUAUCUCUCAGCCCAGCACAACACAGAACUGAACAGCUCCACCUGACACAGAAAAUGUCUAAAGCCGCACGUUGAAGCCCGGUCCGGCUUUUUUUGGGACACACCCACACCUCUCUCUUUUAUCCACCUGGUUAAUGUCCAGCAGAAACGUCAGUGGUGCUGGACGGUCCUGCAUGACCACGACGUGCACCGAGGCCCCGAGCUUCACCCAAGAUACUGUAGUGUUGUUAUCUCUUCUCUCCUCCGUUGUUUUCUUUCUUCUGUCCUCUGUUGUGUUUUCGGGGUGCUGUGCUGCCCCCUUCUGGUCAUUUCUCUCAGGUGUUCUGUUCUGUGUGUGAGCUGUCUUCUCUUCUUGCCUCUUUAUAGAUGUCAGGUGCUUGUACAAAUAAUAUGAGCCCCCCCUCCCCGCCCCCCC